AUUACUGUUGGACAGACUUUUAUGUAACGCCGAUUCAUUUUUUAUCACCCAGUGGGAAAGAAUCGGACUGUUUUACCAGGGAGGGCAAUGUUCACAGAUAACAUCCUGCAUCUGGGAGAGUUUACUGUAUUUCUAUCCCAAAGUGUGUAUCGUCGAGGUGAGCCCCACCCAGUUGUGACCGAACCCCAUCGUUAUUUUAAUUUUUUCCUCCAUUUUUAAUAUUUCUUCGAAGUUUGGAAAACGUUGGUAAUAAAAAAUGGACAGAGAAGAGAAAGUACAAGUGGUGAGAAGCGCGAUAAAAACGUACAAAAAUUUUCCCAAGGAGGGAAUUAUUUACAAGGAUGUUUUUGGAAUUUUCCAAAAUGUAACUGCAAUGAAAGCUCUGAAGGAUCUCCUGGUGGAGCAUUCCUCCUCCUUGGAGCUGGAUAUAAUCGUUGGUCUCGACUCCAGAGGAUUUCUAGUGGGUCCUCUCAUCGCUCUAGAACUUGGAAAACCGUUCGUGCCUAUUAGGAAAAAGGGCAAAUUACCAGGAGAUGUUGCUGAGGAGAGUUUCGCACUGGAGUAUGGAGAGGCAACAUUUGAGAUUCAAACUGAGAGCAUCAGCAGUGGCAAGAGGGUGCUGAUUGUCGAUGAUCUGCUGGCAACUGGAGGAUCAAUGGCAGCUGCAGUUCAAUUGCUAAAAUCUCUCGAAGUUGAUGUUGUCGAGUGUCUCGUCAUCAUGGAACUAGUCUAUUUAGGUGGACGAUCCAAACUGAAAGCUCCAGUAUUCUCCUUAGUCAAAUACGACUGACUCUCAGUUCAAAUUUCUCAGAAAUAUUUUGACUAAAUCCUUACAUUGAAUUUCUAAUUUCAACUUUUUAACAGAAACAUUCCACUCAAGCAUUUGUGCACAAUAAAAGGCAUAUUUUUAUAUCCAUAAGUUAUACCGAGAAUAUUUUAAAAAAUAUAGGAUUUAUAUUGAACGUCAGUUA